CAGAAAAACUCUUCUUUCAAUAUUUUAUUCUUACAAUCUUAACUUCAAUCUAGAUCGAAAACCAUGGCAAGAACAAAGCAAACCGCAAGGAAAUCCACCGGAGAAAAAGCACCAAGGAAGCAAUUAGCAAUAAAAGCAGCAAGGAAAUCAGCACCAGCAACCGGAGGAGUGAAGAAACCACAUAGAUUCAGGCCAGGAACUGUUGCUCUUCGUGAAAUCAGAAAGUAUCAAAAGAGUACUGAGUUAUUGAUCCGCAAGCUUCCUUUCCAGCGUUUGGUUCGUGAGAUUGCUCAAGAUUUCAAGACUGAUUUACGUUUUCAAUCAAGUGCUGUUGGUGCUCUGCAAGAAGCUGCUGAAGCUUAUUUAGUCGGUCUUUUUGAAGAUACUAAUCUUUGUGCUAUUCACGCUAAGAGGGUUACUAUUAUGCCUAAGUGA